UUUCAGUUGGACCUGCAAUUACAGGAUGAAGCUGGUGGCGAUAUUUCUAGUUUUAUAACGAAUGGCGAGUGGGAUUUAUUAGGUGUGCCUGGUAAACGAAAUGAAAUCUACUAUAAUUGCUGCCCAGAACCUUAUAUUGACAUAACAUUCGCCAUUUUAAUACGACGAAAAACUUUGUACUAUUUUUUUAAUUUAAUUGUGCCGUGUGUACUGAUUGCCUCAAUGGCAUUGCUAGGUUUUACACUGCCACCAGAUUCUGGUGAAAAACUUUCGCUUGGAGUUACAAUUCUACUAUCGCUAACAGUCUUCCUUAAUAUGGUGGCCGAAACCAUGCCAGCCACAUCGGAUGCAGUUCCACUACUAGGUAUGUUACACACAACUCAUUUUAAUACCAUACACUAUUUUGUUUUCUUGUAA